GUCGGUGCCAGGUCACUUUCCGUCCAGACGCCAGCCGUGCCGCCGACAUGAGGAGCACCCUGUACAUCGCCCUGGCCGUGUGCCUGGCCGGCUAUGCCUUCACCGCGGAAGAGGAAGCAGCCGUCAGCUCCUCGGCCCGAGACAAGGCUCUGGCCAGAGGAUUCCUAGGCGUGUGGAGGACCAGGACGGUUCUGAGCGUUUCCGUCACUACUUCCACGUCGUUCUUCACGUGCUCCACUGGAACCGCCACCGCUCCCUGCGUCAGAAGGCGGCGCAGGAAGGCGCUGCCAGUCCAGCUGGCCAGCCCCCAGGCCGAGCAGCAGGCCGUCGCCCUGCAGUCGUCGUCGCGCGCCAUCGACGCCGUCGGCGCCGACGAUGAUCUGAGCGCCCGCGACGCGCGCCUGCUCCUGACCAUCACCACGUCCACCACGUCCACCAUCACCCUCACCAGCACGUCCAUCAACAACGCCAUCAUCGUCAGCGUCUCCGUGCUCUGCACCGGCGGGCCGGCUCUGUUCCCGGCCUGCGGCUAGCGAGGCUCCCGCUCCCGACUUCCACCUCCUUUACAUUGCCAACGGACAUGCCUAUCGCAAGCUGACAGACACAGAUCGGCAACAGCUUGCUUUCGAAAACAUCAUUAUGAAGGCAUUGUGGGAUAGACGCUUCUUAAUUUCAUUGUAUGAAAGUUGAGUUCGACAACAAUGCUAACCAACAAUGUCAAUUUACGCUGAUGCGUCGUUAAAUCAUAUGAAAGGUAAUGUUCCAAUGCAAGCUGCUGCCGAUCUCUGGAAGCCGACGGAGAAACUAGUUGAUUUUGCCUUUCAUGCUAUUCUGCUUUUGAAUACACCAGUUUUAACGUUAUAUACCAGACAAAUAAUAAAUAUUCAUAAAACGUUGAUAAUGCAUGCCUGCGAGUCUCCAAAGAUAUUUACAUGAGAUACACCAGACAUGCUUUUUCACAAGCCUGCUUGUAAAUAUCUGCAUGCAUUCAAGUGCUACCACACACGCUGCUGAUCUGUGCAUGCGCUCUGCAACACGACAUGUACACUGCACGUGCCGGCUCUAGCCCCUUUGGCGCGCUGGCGCUGUCCAAUACCGCAGGGAGCUGGAGAGCCAGGCGGCGCUGCUGCGCGGCUCCAUGGCCGAGGACGUCGACCGGGCCGAGAGCAGCGAGCGAGACUCGCGGCUGGGCUUCACCGUGUGGACCACGUCCACCAGCACGCUCACCAUCACCACCACGUCCUUCAACUCGGCCACCACCAUCUCGGUGUCGUACGCGUGCACCAUUCCCGGCUACAACUCGCUGCCGCUCUGCGGCUAGUCGCCGCCCGUCCCGGCCGCGAGGCGGCCACACUUCGACUUCGAUCCCGGCUUCGACGUUGUCCUCGGCAUCUGCUUGGCAAAAACGGAAUCUGAAUGCAUUGCCUCACUUGUUGAUUUUGUUGUUAACUUGUUGUGAAUAUCGGUGCUGUAAUAUAUAUAUCAAAUGCGUGAACAAGAGAAAA